AUGGGUCGCCCAAAGGGUAAGCGCAAGCUGCCAAGGAACGCCGACGGCACGAUUCGGAAGGCCCCUUCGCCCCCUGCGGACCCUGCUGUAGGCAACGACUCUCCUCCCUCUCCCGACCAUGAAGGCGCCAAUAUUUCUCCCAUGCACACCAACGACCACGACGACGACUGGCCCCACCGCCGUUCUCAUCGGCCUGCCGAAAGGAGGUAAGCAGCUGCUCAUGGAGAUGGGGCUACUGUCACCACUGCGGGUGGGUAUGGAUAAAUUCGGACGACGUAGCUAUAAGUGCAACCGUUGCUUGUGUGUUCCUCUUUGGUCCGUCUUCGUGAAAUUAUGCUCAGCUUGGUAAUUUGUAGUUGUGCUACCUGAUAUUGACCUCUGGGCAGGACCGUCGGGCUCCAAUCAUUAUUUCGUUCGUGGUUUUGUCUGGCGUUGUUGGUACUCCGACAUUUCUACUUUCGUUUCAGGUAUGGUUUUGCUUCUUCCUUGUUGAGCAGGUAGCCUGUGCGGCGCACAAGAUGGACAGCAUGCAUCGUAUCCGAGUUGCAACGACGGUUGACUGUCUUUCAUUUUUUUUGGGGUGCGGGUAACGAUAUGAAUCUCGACAAGGUAUUGAACGCGGGAACGACGCCAAAGCAAUAGAGAAACUAAGCCGACAAAAAACAACAGAGACAACAACAAUGACAACAACAGCUGCUGUUGCAAUUGUGUGCCUCGUCCUGCAGCACCAUACCCAUUGUUCGAAGAAUAAUGUGAGGGGUAGAGCGUUAUGACGUCAAGGUUCAAGAGCGAACGACGUAUGUAAGAAGGUGCGAUUUCCAACCACCACCAUGGUGUGAUAGUCAGGU